CCGAGAUGCUCGAUACGGGCGGCAUGCAGAGCAGGCGGGGUUGAAAGUGAGGAGUUCCGGGAAGAAUCCUCUCGACCUUAAUAAUUUUCCUGAUGAGUAUACGCCCGGACACAGUGAGAGGUGGCGAGGGAGCAACCAGCUGAACACGGAGGAAGCAUCACUCCCUGCUUUUGAUGCUCUCAGGUGCAGAAAGAGGAAAUGUGGGGUUGUUGAAGGCAAAGAGACAUGCCUGAAGGUGUACGAGUGCAGGUUUUGUUCCCUCAAGUUCUGUAAAUCUCAAGCCCUGGGCGGCCACAUGAACCGCCAUCGACAAGAGAGGGAAACAGAGACCCUUAAUCGUGCUCGUCAGCUGGUGUACAGUAAUGAUAACAUGGGUGCUCUUAAUUUAGGGUUGAGGGACCAAAAACCAGAACAAUAUUUCACCGACAGCUUUCCCCACGAACCAUCUCUGCCCUACAUGGAUUCAUUAACCAUGCCAACUCCAAUUCUGACCCAACCAUCUUCUUUUCCUUCACCAUCACCGCCGCCACCAUUUUUUUCUUCUUCCCCAACACCACCGUCUUUAGCAUCGAACAACCCUAUUUCCCUUCCAGCAUGCUUCCUCCCGCUUCACUACUCUUCACAAAUUCUGCCUUCUAGAAUGAAUGAUCUCGUAAAUAGGCACCAUGUUUCUAGUGGAAGCCCUCACAGACAACUGCAGGAGCAGCAACAGAAUUCUGCCGCUCGUGAUUUCCUUUCUGGUUUGGCAAGAUCAGGAGAAACAGUGGGCUACUACCAAGACAAGAGAGUGAGCUGGGGUUCAACACAUGACUAAGGGGUGGGCCCUUCCUCGUUCAAUCACCGUCAGAACGAUUUUUAGGAGAUAUUUUUCAUCACUACUGAGAUGAUUAGCAUCAUUGUUUCAGUUUGUUGCCAUUAAGCAGGUUAGCUCUUUGGUGAUACUGCUGUUGUCGGUACCUUGUGCAGUAAAUUUAAUAGCUCUCAAAGGGUGAAAGACCGUAAAAGAGAAGGGUUCGGCUUUAUUGGUACAGAACUGCAGCGAGAGUAGCGGUAGGAGAAGCAGCUUUUGAGUUCAUAUACAGCCAGGCCCUUUUGAGUGGGUCUGGUUGUAUCCUGGGCUCCGGCAGAAUAAAUAGGAGCGCAGAAGACAACAUGAUGAGAGUUGAAGGACGAGUUGGUUCAUAACCAUGGCUUCUUGAUUCUCUUCUGCAGUUUGGAAUUCUCACUUGUAGGCCUGUCUGAAUCAAGCGAUACAGCCAGCCAUGUACAUUUCUUUGAUCACUCAAAAACUUUUCAAAUGAAAUACGAGAUCUAGAGAGAGAGAGAGAGAGAGAGAGAGAGAGAAUGGAGUGACUCGCUACUUUUUCCGAGCUCAAUGACAUCAGUUGAAUCGAAAGAAUAUUUGUGAUCAUACGAAAUGUAUUAGUUGAGAAGUGAUUUUGUUUAUAUUUCAUUUA